AUGACAGUAGACGAAUUCUUUGCAUGUUAUAAGGCCUUGGGGCAACAGGAGACGUGGGUCACUCUGCAGGUAGCAGUGAGGAGAGGGUUGGUAGCGGGGCUAUCGUCGUUGAUCAAAGGGUGGCGACCACGAUGGUUCUACGUGUCUGCCAAUGGGGGACUUGGAGUGCGCACCAUUUGGAAAGUGCCCAUCAGGUUGGGUCCAAGGCCAAGUAGUGGGGACCUCGACCGGGCGGAGUUGGAGGCGAGGAGAAGGGCUCAGGAGGCAGAGGAUCAGGCCAUCCUGGCUAAAGCCCAAAAAUUCAAAGAGUCCCAGGUCGACCGACCACCAAAACCGGUUGUGAGGGAGAGGAUUCGACCCCGCCCCAAACCCUUGGGAGAGAAAAACUUAGGCGAUUUUGUGCCACGGCUGCCCCCAAUAGACCCUUUGAAAGAGAGGUCUUUGAAGGAGAUAGAGGCGUUGGGCGUGGGAAAGAAGAAGAAAAGGGUGAGGCGGAGUGAGGAAGUGUCUGCCCAGAAGAGGAGGAGGGAGACAAGUGUGAAAGAAACCAGUGCUGCCAACGGGGCUGAGGGGAGAGAAGUGGAGGGGACCCCAGGAAGGGUAGGUGGCCCAGAAACGGUGGAUGUUGCUUCAGAGGGCAUGGAGGUGGUGCCAGUGGUGGUGGGGAUCGCCGCGGGGGUCGCGAGGGUCGUCCCUGAAGGGCAAGGAGAAGAUGGGGCAAACGGCCCUGGCUUAAGAAGAGAAGAGCAGCCCCAGGGGGGCCCUACACCCCAAGGAGGGGGAGUUGGUCUGACCAUAGCAAUCUACCACGCUCGCGCGGUGGCUGGGCGGCUGGAAUUCAACGAGGCUGAACUGCUGAGGAGGUUAUGCUCCGCACAAAUUGAGGUAACCACCUUAGCAGGGGUUUCGAAACUCAAGGCAGAUAAGGGCAAGGCCCAGCUUGCAAAGUUGGAGAGGGAGAGGGCGAGUUGGAAAGCUGCCCAUGCUGAUCUGCAAGCAGUUGAGGUGGAGCUGGAGAGCACACGCCGCCAGGUUGUGUCGCUCGAGUUCCAAUUUGCUGACGAGCAGAAGAAGCAAAAAGAUGAGGCCGAUGGCAAAGUGGGCGAUCUCCAGAAGGAACUAGAGAGCGAGCGCGCUAAGGCAAUAGAGGAGAAGGGGAGGCUUCAGAAGGAGUUGGAAACAGAGAGAGCGCAGGCGACGGCGGAGAAGGAGAGCCUGAAGAAGGAAUUGGAGGCGGAAAAGGCAAAAACUGCGUCGGAAAGGGCGGCCCUGCAAAAAGAGCUGGACGAAGAGAGGGCGAAGGCAGCCUCUGAAAGGGCGGCUUAUCCCGAUCUAUGCGUCGCAGCAGUGGAGCAAUUCAAAGGGUCUGCCAAAUUUCAAAUGGUGGUUGUUGUCGCGGUCGCGAGCAGCCUGACUAUGCAAGAAUCUAGGGGGACGGGCCCAUCGAGGACGACUGUUGGAGGAAGAACUGAAGCAGAAGUUAUUGAAAGCUUCCAGUAG